AGUGGUAACUCUCCUCUUGUCACAGCUACAAAUGAGUUUUUCCCAGAGUCUAGACAUAAGAAAGGGCGAUGAUAAAUGUGCAUUGGAGACAUUGGAAGAAUCCCUGCUUUCAUUAAAAAUGCAUUUAAACACCCAAUUAAAGGACUUGGAACAAAAAGUGAAGAGAGAAAACAUACAGACAUUCGAAAAUCUUCAAACACAGAUAAACAGUUUUAAAAAUUGUCCGAAAGGAUGGGUCAAGCACGGCAAUUCAUGCUACAUGCUUAACACACAAAAGUUAUCAUGGGAACAGGCAAAUGUUAAAUGCCGAGGAUUAUCAGCAAAGUUGGUUGAAAUAGAUACAAAGCCCGAAAACGUCUUUAUAACAAAUACCAUAAGAAAUGAAGAAGCCAACGGCCGUGCCUGGUUGGGUGGUACAGACAAAACACAAGAAAACAUCUGGAUUUGGAAUGACUCAGGUUUACCAUUACGCUUCAAAAACUGGAGCAAGGGAGAACCAAAUGAUGACAAAGGAAAUGAAGAUUGCAUGGAAAUAUUUUCUAAAAACGGAAUGUGGAAUGAUUUGCGAUGUUCUUUUUCGUCUAUGUUUGUAUGUGAAAAAGACAUUUAAUGUCUGCUUAAAAUUUUACAUAAAUCAGGAUGAGUUUUAUUUUAUAUGUUUUAUUUUUAACGCUAUCAUACUACAUUCUUUCGUUCACAAUGUUAAGGACAGUAGACAUAAGACUGUGAGAUGUCAAAAAUUUUUGUAGCUCAGCCAUUCUUUAAAAUGCUAAGUUUUCUCAAAAUGAGCAAAGCACUGGUAACGUUUAUUCUAUAUUUGUAUAUUUUGUCAGUUACAAUAUUAUUUUUUUGACAAUGGCUACUUUUUAAAAAUAUAUAUAAUUCCUCUUAGGAGUCUGAAUACUUUUAACAAAAUUGUCUACAUCUGUUCCUGAAUGUCUACAUUUGAAUUUUGUAUAGGUGUAUAUAAAUUCUAUUUACAUUUGAGAUAUCAAAUUUCAUUUUUAAGAUCACUUUAUCUAGAUCUAUAUGAUUGAUUCAGCAAAAAAACUGGAGAAAGCUCAUGAAUUGUAAAUACGAGGGUCGUUUGGUAAUAUCAUGAACGAUACGUCUUUAUCGGAAAAUGAUGCGAGCACUAAGCUGAAAGUUCAGUAAAUUUUUGUUUAUCAUAUUUGUGUAUAUCUUCAUUUUUGUGAUAAAAUAUAGACAAAAAAUAAGGAUUUUAUUAUAUUUCGAUGUGCACAGGGAAUGAGCCUACGGUGCAUGACCACAAAAUCAGAGAGUAUGCAAUUAUUAUUUCGAAAUAAAAGUAUUACAAUGAAAAUAUUACAGGCUAGGGUGUAUAUUUUCAUAUUUUAAGUUACCAUCUAUUAUGAUAUCAUUCGGAGAAUUUUAAGGCAUUUAAUUGGAAAACAGUUAAGUUUUAUGUAAUGACUUUUAGUAAUAGCAGAAGGGAAAAAAUAAAAAUAUCAGUAUUUAGUAUACAAGUGGAAUGGACAUUUUCUAAGCGGAAACUUUUUUCAUUGAUUCCUAUUGUAGAAAUAAAAACUGCAGAUCCCUAUUAAAUGCAUUCGAAACUUUUUUUGGUGUUCUGUAAACUAUGAUUUUCCCUGCAGUUCGCAUUUGCUCUGUGGAGAUUUAGUGAGACUACAGAGAGACUGUUAACGGAUAAGGUAAAUUAUUCACGAAAUUGUAGCUAGGAAGU